ACAAGGAAGUGCCUAUUCUUGACAAAGUAGUCAGGGAAGGCCUCUUGGAGGUGGAGACAUUUGAGCAGAGACCUAAAAACUAUGCUUGAGCUAGAAAGCCACACGGCUGUGUCAUGACCCCCAAAUUGGUUUUGAGGCAUAUGUUCUUUGUGACACGAGUUGGAGCUGGCAGGAGACCUUUUGUUGUGUGUCUUCUGAUGUAUUUAAUGUGGGCUUCGGCCAUUCUGAGGAUGAGAUGCUGAAGCCCUGUUUCUAUUUCUGACACAGAGCUGGGAGUUUGGGAUCCCACUGUGCAGGGAGCUGGCGUGUCAGUACGAGAGCCUCUAUGAUUACCAGAGCCUCAGCUGGAUUCGGAAAAUGGAGGCCAGCUACUAUGACAACAUUAUGGAGCAGCAACGCCUGGAGCCUGAGUUCUUUCGGGUCGGCUUCUAUGGCAGGAAGUUUCCUUUCUUUCUUCGGAACAAAGAAUACGUAUGCCGUGGCCAUGACUACGAGAGGCUGGAGGCCUUCCAGCAGAGGAUGCUCAGUGAGUUCCCGCAGGCUGUCGCCAUGCAGCACCCCAACCAUCCUGAUGAUGCCAUCCUACAGUGCGAUGCCCAGUACUUGCAGAUCUAUGCAGUGACACCCAUUCCAGAUUAUGUGGAUGUUCUGCAGAUGGAUAGGGUACCAGAUCGCGUCAAGAGCUUCUAUCGUGUCAACAAUGUGAGGAAGUUCCGGUACGACAGGCCUUUUCACAAAGGCCCCAAGGACAAGGAGAAUGAAUUCAAGAGCCUAUGGAUUGAACGUACCACACUGACCCUGACCCACAGCUUGCCUGGCAUCUCUCGGUGGUUUGAAGUGGAGAGAAGGGAACUGGUGGAGGUGAGCCCUCUGGAGAAUGCCAUCCAAGUGGUUGAGAAUAAGAACCAGGAGCUACGCUCCCUGAUCAGCCAGUAUCAACACAAGCAGGUGCAUGGCAACAUCAACCUGCUAAGCAUGUGCCUGAAUGGUGUCAUUGAUGCAGCUGUCAAUGGAGGCAUUGCACGCUAUCAGGAGGCCUUCUUUGAUAAAGAUUACAUCAACAAGCACCCAGGAGAUGCUGAGAAGAUCACCCAGCUCAAGGAGCUUAUGCAGGAGCAGGUUCAUGUCCUUGGAGUUGGGCUAGCAGUUCAUGAGAAGUUUGUGCACCCAGAAAUGCGACCUCUGCAUAAGAAGCUAAUUGAUCAGUUCCAGAUGAUGCGGGCCAGUCUCUACCAUGUAAGUUAAUCCCUGUCCUGCCCCUGCUGCAGUAGAACCAGGUGUCACUUUCUCCAGACCUAUAUACCACAAGCCAAAGGAAAAUAGGAGGGAGAGAGCCUGGGUGGGGGCCGGGUCAGGGAGAGAGGCUGUCCUCCCCACAGAGGGACAGGGGGCAAGGAUGGAUGCUAUAUCCAGGGGAAGGAUGCUAAGGAUCCUCUCACUCACUCACUCACUCCCAAAGGAGGAGCCAGAUUCAAGGGCAGAGAACAUGUUUCAGAGCACAGGUUUUCAUAUGUGGAGGAAAAGAGCCAAAGUAUAUGGCCCACAUGUAGGGAUCUUUUUGGAGAUGUUUUUCAUCUCAAGAACCUAAAGAGGUAGGCAUGGCCUGAGCCAGCCUUCUCUCCCCAUCUCCCUCCUCCUCCUCUUCUCUUUCUCUGCCCUUCUUCAUUCUUCUCCCUCUAAUCGUUCUCUUUUCCCUCUUUUUACUCUUCCCCCAACUCCCUUUUCUCCCUCUUUCCCUCCCUCCCUCUUCUUCCCAGCUUCCUGUAUCAUGUCUGGUGAUCCAAACUCACAUCUGAGAUAGUCUAGGAUGAGCAGUACUUUGAUGCUAGCGGUUCUUAAAGGGGUCAGCCAGGUCCUGGGGCUGGACCAGGCUCCUGAAAGUCUCCCUAACUCUGGCCCAGCUCUUCAGCCUCCACAGUAGCAUUUGGCCCAAGGACUUAAACACACAAACAGGACUUAUAUUCCAGGACCAGUAUUCCUUGGCAGGGUCUUAGAGGAAGUGCUGACUGGCUGAGGAUAGAGCCCCCUAGUCACAUACCCAAACCUCAUUUUCAACUGUGGGGCCGACUCCAAAUGUUUUCUAGAGAUCCCUUCCUGCUAAACAGGCUGUCUCCCAGAUCUUAAGGGGUAUGAGCCCAAUUACCUGCUGCUACCUGGCACCCAAGCCAAGUUCUCUUCUCAUCACCCAGGACCACUGGGUAGUGGCAGGUCGACAAGAAGUAGAGCUGUUUGAGCUGCACGAGGUUGUCAUGAGCAAAAAACAUCCCCCUCUAGGGAUACCCAUGGCCACAGGAGCCCUGAGGGAGGCUGAACUACUUAAACACAGUGGGCCUGACCCAUUUGGGGCGGACCUGCUUUGUUCGUGGAUGCUGCAGGUUCUGGUCAUCUCCGUCCCUCCAGGCUCCCAGUGCAGGUCUCAGCCUGUGUGGACAAGUGUGGAUAACAUGAAAAGAGAAAAAGAAGCUUGUUGUAGUUUGAGGGG